AAAAUUCAUGAGAUACAUUCCGAGCAACACAUUUUUGUAACACCAUUCUUGGGUGAAUAUAAGUUGAUGUUCGUGACAAAAAUUGACAAGUCGUAUAGGGUACAAUGUUUCUACGCUGAAACAGCAAGAACCGUUACUCAAAACCUCAAUGUCAGUCCUGCUCACAACCUUCAUGGCGAAACACUCACUGCUACGGUGCCGCUGCCGGAGUGCAAAUACCAGGUUCUUUCUGAGGGAAAAAAUGGAACACCAUUGAAAUUUGCUUCAGUAGGUCAACAAGUCUACCACGAAUGGACAUGUGACCCAGAUGGAAAAUUGGCAGAUGACUCAUCCUUUUGUGCUACGGUUCACUCCUGCAAUGUGAAGGAGGACGGAGGACGCGAAGUGCAGUUGCUCGAUGAGAAUGGAUGCGCUGUGGACAGGUACCUCCUAAACAAUCUGGAGUACACAUCAGACCUGUCAGGAGGCCAAGUGUCCCAAGUGGCAUUUCCGGUGUUCAAAUUUGCCGACCAACCUUCGCUUUUCUUCCAGUGUCAAAUACGUAUUACCAUAAAAGAUGGAAGUGUUUGCAAGCGCACAUCAGACGACUGCCCAAGAACUUUGAGAGGAAAAAGAUCUUCUGAGAGUGAGGAUGAUAACAAUGUUGACGUCGUCUCCCAGUAUAUGACAGUGUUUGAUAUCGACGAUACUUCAACGGACUUAAGCUUCCUUUUAGAUCCUUUAUCCGUUCGUCAAUCAUCAAAUGGGGACAUCUGUGUCUCGCCACUCGCAGCCGGAAGUCUUCUUUCUGUAUUUGCCUCAUCUCUUCUGGUUUGUGUUGUGUGCUUGGCUACCAUGAAUCGGCGAGGCAUCACACAUGUGAAGCUGCACGACUAG